CUUAACUCUGUCUGAAGAUGAUGUCUAUGAGACAUCGAAACAAUUGUAAUAAAAUUUUAAAUAAAUUACUAAAUGACUAUAAGUUGUUUUCUUGUAUUUCAAUUCAAUUGAUUAUAUACAUAAGUCAUUUAUUGCUCAAAAUUCAUCUUAAAAUUAGACAUUAUAUAUACAGUGUGUAUAUAUGCCCGUAUGUAUGUAUAUGACUUAGCGGAUAUAUGGGUGAUUAUUAUAGAGGGCACUUACUUGGAUAGCCGAUUUUUGUUUUUUUGGGGGGAACUGUACCUUCUGCUUUCGGAAUCCGUUUACCUCCGGAUAUCUUAAACUCUGUGGCGAUGGCGAUGUUGCUGUUUUCUGCUUGGCCCGUUAGUGCUGAGUCGAGCGUUUGGUCUCCGUUAACCCUUCCGCUACUUUAUGUCAAUGUCUCCUGAAUAAUUUUUUGUUCGGAAAUGUUAUAUGUAGUUAGUUUCCUUUAAAAUUUAUGUAUGUAUAUGCUUUUUUUUUACUUUUUGCUUAAAAUUUCAGUGUUUUAGACUUUUUUGUUUUUCGCUUUUAUUUGUUCAAAACAAAUGUAAUCUUAACACUUCUUUAUACGCACCCUAAUGCUCUUUGGGUAUUUUUUUUUGAACUCUAGUUUUUUUUGUAAGAAAUUUUGUGAAUUUUAUCAUGAGUUUUGUACACACACUAAUUGUCGCGUUUAUUGCCAGGGCGUUAACUUCAACACACUUUAUGGGUUAGCCCACUUUUUUGUAAAAAUUUUCAAUGUAAUUUUCCUUUUUCGUGCACGCACUCUAAUACAGCGCUUUUGCAUGCGUUCGAAUUUUUUCGCUUGCUUCCGCUCUUUAUUUAAGUUUGUCGUUGGCUUUGUUAUUUUAACUUUCCGUAUUAAAGUUUGAUUUAAUUGAUUUUUGUGUACACUUUUUCGCAAUUGGUUUUAUACGCACACUUUAAUUUUGGGUUUUAUUCGCGCACUUACAACGUUCGCACCGCACCGCUUACGUAUAUCGCGAGGAGGGAAUUCACCGACUGGCUGACUUUUUGCUCUUACUCACUAGCAAUUGUGAAUGUACAUAUGUAUGCCCGUAUGUAUCAAUUUAGAAAUUAUCUUGGUUGCGGGUUACCUUUUCAGCGAAAAGGACCAUGCUGCUAAUUCUGACUAGCAGGAAUGGCGCAGAGUGCACCGGAGAAGAUCAACUUCGAUUUAAUUAAAGAAAAUACGUCGAAUUUCAGUGACAAUUCCACUUAAUCGUUGAUAUUUAUUGAAUUCAGUACUUCGCACAAAAUCAGUAGUAAUUCAAAUGACUGGAUACUUAUUUGCCCGAGUGGCGUUUUUAAGAAAAAAGAGUGUUAAGUAUAACAAUGGUACGAUGCGGCGGUGGCGGCGGUUCUAACGCAAGUAAAUUUAAAGAUUUCAAAUUGCGGGCACGGAUCACCCCGUGGGGCCGCUUACGACUACAGUUACUAUGACAAUGCAAUUUUACAUAUGAAGUUAAUUCACAAUGGUGUACAAGCAUAGCUUCGCCAGCCGCACGCAGAAUAUACAAAAACAUGAACAUUGGUCUACAGCAAAUUUAGUUUUUAAUCAAAUUCAAUUAGGUUGGGACCCAUGUCCUCGACAACCUGCAUUCACGUAUUUGCUUACACUGCUGGAAAGUAAAUUACCAGCAGGUGUAAGAAAUACAUCAAUUCCUACGAUUUUAAAGUUAUUAGCGACACUGAGGUUCCGUGCUCAGGGAUCAUAUCAACUUAGCGUAGGAAACGAGAGCAAUAUCGCACUUGGACAAUCUACCGUUUCCCUAGUAUUGAGUGAAGUGUUUAAAGUUUUGGAAGAGCACGCAUGUAAAGAAUGGUUAUCCAUUAAAUACUCCGAAGAGGAGAAACGAAAAGCAAAAAUUUACUUUUUGUGAAAAGUGGAAUACCAGGCGUAGUAGGUUGUAUUGACGGGACACAUGUUAAAAUUGUUGCCCCCAAAAAGGACCUUCAACAUUUAUACUACAACCGGAAAGGAUAUUUCAGUUUAAAUACAAUGAUAGUUUGUGAUAAUGAAAUGAAAAUUCGCUAUGUCAAUGCAAAAUAUCCUGGGGCAACGCACGAUUCUGCGGUUUUUAACAUGUCUGCCUUAAAACCGCAAUUAGAAGAUGACUACCACAGGGGUGAACGGAAUAUAUUAUUAGGUGAUGCAGGAUACGCUCUACAACCCUAUAUGCUGACUCCAUUUCGGAAUCUUGAAGAGGGAUCUGCAGAGAGUAUUAAGAAGUAUGAGUGGUAUAACCAUGAUUUAAAACACUGGAAAACUUAUUUGGAUUUGUUGAAAUAUAUGCAAAGUAAAUUCAAACACAUUAAAUAA